GGGGUUCUCAAAUUCUCUCCGUCACAUGGUUCUACCAUUGAGCUGAGCGAGGAAUAGAGUGUAGAGAGAUAGAUGGAGGGGGUUUGAAAAACUGGAGGAAAAUCUGACAGUUCGAUACAACACAGGUGAUACAGUGGAAAAUAGUUAAUCUGUCUGCUUGCUUUGCUUUUCCCUUUGGAAACGGUUCGCAUUCACAGGGGGUGAACGGAGGUGUCAAAAAAUGCCAAACGCAAUGAUGCAUUAUGCUCAUGUUUUCUCACACACAAGAAGCUCCGGUUAUCGCCUUUAAUUGAUUAUGCUAGUGAGGAGUGGAUGGUCCGAGUGGAAGCAGAAUUUGAAGGAACCGACCAAGGUGGAUGCUGCGCGCCGUCGCGCAUCCCGAAUCGCUGAGCUGAAUCCCAGGGAGGUUGUGGUCUGUAUGUGUGUGGUGAGUGUGUGGUUGUGAGAGAGAGAGCGCCAGCGCUCCCACAUGGCCUCCAUGCAGGACGGGCUGAACUUCACGUCUCCUACCUACGGCAAGGUCCUGCUGCUGGGUGCCAUCGCUGCUGCCUCAGCCUUCAUCGUCACCAUCCUCAUCGUGGUGCUCUGUGUGGGCUGCCAGAGGAAGGGAAAGACGCAUAAUGUCUCCAGUGAAAGUGGGAAACACAGGUUGAUGGACAUGAGUAUACUCAGGCAGUCAAAGCUGCGUUCCAUCAGCAAGUCGGACGGUGAGAUGAACAAGCUAAAUUGCAAUGGCAAAAAGUCAUCUAAAAAGAACCGUCCGUCUAGCAUGGACCUCCUGCCCAGCCGCCGGUCCAACUCCGACCUCCGGUCAGGGGGAAGGACGCUACCCCAGAUCCCCUCUGGCACCGGAGAGGACGGGGAGCACACCUACUCUGAGGUAGGUCAACGCUCCUCCCCGAAGCGUGGCCCUGAUAACAACCUCUACGCCAUAGUGGGCAGGGCCGGAGAGACCGACACCCCAGCCCCUCCGGCCGUCCCAGCCAACACCCCUGCCCCCCCUGAUCUAGAUGGGGAUGGGUUGAAUGAACCGCUCCCCGAGCCUGAGCCCAUGCCCCAGGCUAUGGCUCAUCCGCAACCCCCGGAGACGACUGCAGAGUACGCCUGCGUCCGGAAGCUCCGGAAGGUGGACAAGGCUGUCCCCCAGAAGAGAGACAGCGGGACCGAUAUGGGGGAGGCACCGUUGCCACCUCCCCGCCACGCCCCACCAUCACACCCUGCCCCGCCUCCGCCACACCCUCACAGCAUGAAGAUGCCCCGGAAAAACGUGGAUGCUUUCAAGCUGCCCACCUUCCCCAAGGAGGCAGUGUUCAUGGGUAAUGGAGAGCAGUACAUUUGGAAGCCUCCAGAGGAUGAUGACAUCACCAUGCUCCAAAACAAACCGUUAGGCCCUCUGAGUCCUCACAGUGGAGAGAACAUACAGCCUUCCACUGCUAUGGUUGCAGAGAUGUACUCCAAGGUAUGCAAACCAGGCAAGAAGAAGAGAACUGUUCCUGGGUCUCCUCCAGCAAACAUUGGCUUCCGGACCUUGGGGCGUGGUGACCGGGACCGGGAGCGAGAUGGGGGAUUCAGUGUGGUGGUCAAGCCACAGACCUGGGCCCCGCAAGAGGGGAAACCCGUCGGAGGAGCCUCUGCCACUCUGGAAGACCACUGUUAUGAGUCCAUCGAGACGGGGGAGGAGUGCGACCCCACUUAUGAGCCUAUGGAAGGUGGUGGUGGUUGGAAGCGAGUUGGAGGAACCGAACGGCCUCCAAACACCUGCGCUACACUCAGGCCCAGGAGGAAGAAAUCCCAUCAGCCCUUGCAGCAGCAGCAGCCUCCCCCGCCGCCGCCCACACAGCAGACCCCCAAGUUACAGCACCUUCCAGCCAAAGCCCUGCUGCUGCCCGGGGAGAACCUGUACGAGAGCAUUGGGGAACUGAAGCAGGGCGGAACUGCCAACUCUAGCACCACUACCAUCUUCACCUUCAACGACGGCAUGGAGAUGUAUGUCACUGGGCUCUAAGGCUGUGACCUAUCUGACCUCUUACCUCCUUCCCAGCAAAAAGAAGACCACGGUUGGGAAGAGCUGGUUGAGCCCCUCUCAUGCUCACUCACACAUACUGUCUACAUUACAGUCAUAACUUCCUGCCUUUCAGAGCCUAGGGCAAAAGGGUUGGUCAGUGGUUAACGGGCUGAAGAGAAAGUCCUUUGCUGGGUCAAACCCCUAUCUUGAAUCCAAAGGUAGUGAUGAGAAAUGAGCACAAAACUAUUACAGAGAAAUCUGUAGGAUGGUAGCACUAUUUUAACAAUGUGCACAGCACAAUUAGAGGGAAAAUUGCCUAAAUUCUUCCCCCAUUUUAGUGGGUAAAAUCAUAGAAAUAAACUCAGCAAAAAAAGAAACGUCAUCACUGUCAACUGCGUUUAUUUUCAGCCAACUUAACAUGUGUAAAUACUUGUAUGAACAUAACAAGAUUCAACAACUGAGACAUAAACUGAACAAGUUCCACAGACAUGUGACUAACAGAAAUGGAAUAAUGUGUCCCUGAGCAAGGGGGGGGUCUGUAUCUGGUGUAACAGUCAGUAUCUGGUGUGGCCACCAGCUGCAUUAAAUAUUGCAGUGCAUCUCCUCCUCAUGGACUGCACCAGAUUUGCCAGUUCUUGCAGUGAGAUGUUACCCCACUCUUCCACCAAGGCACCUGCACGUUCCCGGACAUUUCUGGGGGGAAUGGCCCUAGCCCUCACCCUCCGAUCCAACAGGUCCCAGAUGUGCUCAAUGAGAUUGAGAUCCGGGCUCUUCACUGGCCAUGGCAAAACACUGACAUUCCUGUCUUGCAAGAAAUCAUUCACAGAACGAGCAGGAUUAGCCUGCAGGAAGGGUACCACAUGAGGGAGGAGGAUGUCUUCCCUGCAACGCACAGCGUUGAGAUUGCCUGCAAUGACAACAAGCUCAGUCCGAUGAUGCUGUGACACACCGCCCCAGACCAUGACGGACCCUCCACCUCCAAAUCGAUCCUGCUCCAGAGUACAGGCCUCGGUGUAACGCUCAUUCCUUCGACGAUAAACGCGAAUCCAACCAUCACCCCUGGUGAAACAAAACCGUGACUCGUCAGUGAAGAGCACUUUUUGCCAGUCCUGUCUGGUCCAGCGAUGGUGGGUUUGUGCCCAUAGGUGACAUUGUUGCCGGUGAUGUCUGGUGAAGACCUGCCUUACAACAGGCCUACAAGCCCUCAGUCCAGCCUCUCUCAGCCUAUUGCGGACAGUCUGAGCACUGAUGGAGGGAUUGUGCGUUUCUGGUGUAACUCGGGCAGUUGUUGUUGCCAUCUUGUACCUGUCCCGCAGGUGUGAUGUUCGGAUGUACCGAUCCUGUGCAGGUGUUGUUACACGUGGUCUGCCACUGCGAGGAUGAUCAGCUGUCCGUCCUGUCUCCCUGUAGCGCUGUCUUAGGCGUCUCACAGUCCGGACAUUGCAAUUUGUUGCCCUGGCCACAUCUGCAGUCCUCAUGCCUCCUUGCAGCAUGCCUAAGGCACACUCACGCAGAUGAGCAGGGACCCUGGGCUUCUUUCUUUUGGUGUUUUUCAGAGUCAGUAGAAUGGCCUCUUUAGUGUCCUAAGCUUUCAUAAAGGUGACCUUAAUUGCCUAGUGUUAGUGUCUUAAUGACUGUUCCACGGGUGCAUGUUCAUUAAUUGUUUAUGGUUCAUUGAACAAGCAUGGGAAACAGUGUUUAAACCCUUUACAAUGAAGAUCUGUGAAGUUAUUUGGAUUUUUACAAAUUAUCUUUGAAAGACAGGGUCCUGAAAAAGGGACGUUUCUUUUUUUGCUGAGUUCAUAAUUCAUUUCCAUGGUUAAAACAGUGUUAUUGUACUGGCAAUCCUGGAGCCCUAGUUUACGAACGAGCACAACUUUCAGUUUUCUCUCUAUGUAGCACUUAGUCUGUUUAUGGCAGACCUUUUCCCCAAGUUGGUCGAUGUGUGAUUCAGGAAGGAAUUAAAAUAAUAAUAUAAAAUAAAUUAAUAUUAAUCAAAGGACUUGAAAGCUCAGGGACAAAGAGUCAAAUGAGAGAAUAAUUAACUAAAUUGCAAAAAUGUUGGCAUUCUUCCUAAAGAAAAAGUAAUACUUUUGACCAUAUUCACAGAUAAAAAUACCAGAUAUUUUUCCCUUUUCAUUUGUUACAUAUCACAUGGACUGUCUCCACUACCAUCUGUAAAUUAAGUGUUUUACUUCAGUUUUACUGUUUUUACUUGCCAAUCCUUUUCCUGCACUUUGCCUGCUUAAUGUUGCAUGCUAAAAAAACACAAACAAAAAUCAAGCACUGUCAUGUGGUACCGAAGAACAUUAUUAUUAUUAUUUUUUACUGAUUGUUUAGUUGUUAUGUUGCUUUGUUUCUCUUAGAGAGCACAAUGUCAUUUUAAUUCAGGAUAGCUUUGACUACUAGGAAUCUCUGGCAAUCAUUACUGUCAAGUUGGUCACUGCCUUCGUCUUCAACACAGAGAGGAAAGGAUACUACUAUCUGAACCACAGGGGCCAUAUCAAGUCAGGGGCCAUAUCAAGUCAAGGGGACAUUCUGUUGAAGUCUACACAAAUGUAAUAGCUCCAUCCUCAGUCUCAAAACUGUGGCUCAAUCAAGAUACUGCUGCAGCCUCACGAUGGUGAUUUCACCCUCCUAAGCUUUGAACGCAGGUGGAGCAUUCAUUAACACUCUCUGUAGCGAUCUCAUCACUACACUGAUGAACAUUUUUAUGUCCUCUCAAUUGCCAGUGUGAUCCUAAAUGAAAAUAAAAACAAUUCAGCUGUGCAGUGACAACAAAUGAUAACGACACAACAGAGAUAUUGUAAAGGAGCGUAUUUGAAGUAUAACACAAAAUGUAAUCUCAACCUGGACACUAAAGAACUUCAUUUGACCAAAUAUACCCAGCACAUAAUGUGGUUAUUAUUCUGUAUGUUGAUGCAAUGUGUACG